CGCGAAGCAGCUCGUGGCGGUUACUACCACCCAAAAUAUCUACCGCAUUGAGGAGAGCCGAGCAGAUGUUGUUUCCCAAACCAGCCGUUACUGAAUGCGGCUUUUGUGCCCAAAACGGUGGCAUUUUUUCGUGUGAAAAACUUGGAAUUGCAUAAAGGAGGAUAAUUGAAUAUACCGAGGUACUGAGACGAGCAGCGAGUGAGCGAGAGAGACAAAAAGAAAAAGCCGCUUGUAAAAUUUCAGUCAGUCAUUACAGACAGUGGGGCAGUGAGCGAGGAGAGUUAAAGCCGCGCGGAGGAUGUGGGCGAGGAGACUAGACGGCGGUGCUGCUCCCGUCACAAAAUGUAAAACGAGAAUACGCUUAUAACGUGCUAAUAGGGGGAUUUUGACGUCUUUUUUCUCCCGUCCUUGCCAGUCAGCGCUGGAGUGGGCUAAAGUGGGCUGUGCCAUAGUGUCCGUUUCGAUGUGGGAGUUAAGCCUGUGUCAUGGGCUGAAACGGUCAAAUCAAGAAUUCAAGAGGGAAUAAAGAAAGCAGUCCACUGGAACCAACAGCAAAUCACCACCUGUUAACAGAAGAGCAACAGGUGGGACUCCGGUGGCAGAGGCUGAGGGACCUCUAGACAGACCCAAGGCACCUUCAGCCCAGCCAGACCACUUUUGCCUCAUGGCAUGACCUCCACACUCACUGUGCCGUGGAUCAUUCUGUGGAGGUAAAAAAACAAACAUUUGUUAAGACAAUCUAGAUUUCAUCUUCCAGGAUAGAAGGACCUCAAAUGAUGAAAUAUCUUGUGGAAGAAUGGUGUUGUCGAGUGGUGCCCAGUAGAGUUCUAGAGACUGCUGAAAGGGCUUUUCCCCUCUGACAUUAGCACAUGGAUUUCAAGACCGCAAAUGAAGAGAUAAAGACGGGGAUUUAUCUGCUGCAAGAUGGUAAUGAAGAGCCCUUCAAUAUCCGAUUGCACUUGGCCAAAGACAUUCUGACCAUUCAAGAGCAAGACGUCAUUUGCGUAUCUGGAGAACCAUUCUACUCAAGUGAAAGAACUGUAACAAUACGACGGCAGACAAUAGGAGGAUUUGGCUUGAGUAUAAAGGGUGGUGCAGAACACAAAAUCCCUGUUGUGAUUUCUAAAAUAUCAAAAGAACAGAAGGCUGAGCUCUCUGGUCUUCUGUUCAUAGGGGACGGGAUUCUCCAGAUUAAUGGGAUAAAUGUGAGGAGUUAUCGUCAUGAAGAAGUGGUUCAGGUUUUACGGAAUGCUGGGGAAGAAGUCACUCUGACUGUAUCUUUCCUGAAGAGGACCCCUGCCUUUUUAAAGCUGCCACUCUGUGAAGACUGCACGUGUGUACCAAGUGAUCAGAGUAGUGGGACUUCAUCUCCGCUGUGCGACAGUGGACUACAUCUGAACUAUCACCCUAACAAUACAGACACCCUGUCUUGCUCGUCUUGGCCUACGUCACCAGGGCUGCGCUGGGAGAAGCGAUGGGUGGAUCUGCGGCUAAUACCCCUGCUCCAUGCUCGCCUGUCACAGUAUGUCCCCGGCUCUGACAUCUGCAGGCAAAAUGCCUUUCAAGUCAUUGCAGUGGAUGGGGUGUGCAGUGGGAUAAUUCAGUGCCCCAAUGCUGAAGAAUGCACAGACUGGCUCCAAGCAAUAGCAUCAAACAUAUCUGCUCUAACAAAGCACAAUGUGAAGAAAAUCAAUAGAAACUUUCCUGUAAAUCAGCAGAUCAUUUACAUGGGCUGGGUGGAUGAGAGAGAGCAAGACUUGGUUCAGGACCGAAUGUACACACCAAAGUUCCUGGCUUUGAGAGGUUCAUCUCUUUUUAAAUUCUCAGCACCACCGGUAACGACUUGGGACUGGACCAGAGCUGAACAAAGCUUUACUGUCUAUGAGAUCAUGUGCAAGAUUCUCAAGGACGGGGACCUGUUGGACAAGAGGAGGCAGUGUUUCAGCCUGCAGACGGACACAGGCGAAGAUGUGGUGUUCAGUGUGGAGCUGGAGAGUGAGCUUCUGCUCUGGGAGAAGGCCUUCCAGAUGGCAACCUUCUUUGAGGUGGAGAGAAUACAGUGUAAAACAUACGCGUGUAUCAUGGAGAGCCAUCUCAUGGGACUUACCAUAGACUUCAGCAUGGGCUUUGUCUGCUUCGAUGCUGCAUCAAAGGCGGUACUGUGGCGGUACAAGUUCUCCCAGCUCAAAGGAUCCUCCGAUGACGGCAAGAGCAAAAUCAAGUUUCUCUUCCAAAAUCAAGACACAAAACUUAUUGAGGCAAAGGAACUGGAAUUCUCCAAUCUUUUUGCUGUGCUCCACUGCAUCCAUGCUUUUUUCGCUGCCAAAGUGGCAUGUCUGGAUCCUAUGUUUGUGGGCAGUCAGAACGCUGCCACGGCCAAUGCAGUUGGCACUCUGACCUCUGUUACCUCUAUGACACAGGCUUCGAAGUUAAAAUAUUCAAGUUGACAGACUCUCGCUGUCCCUCCUCUCUCAUUCCACUCCACGACAGAACAGUUUUCUGCCGACCUACCCAGAAAGGAGCCCAAGAUUGCCUGAUUCAAACAGAGACUCUAAAUUCAGCCUGUGAAGAUAACAGAAGAGUUUUAGAAACACUGAAGGGCCUUUUGGGCAUCAUGAGAAAAUUCAAGUCUGCUUGCAUUGGUACAAUAUCAUAUUUUGAAUAUGGAUUUUUAUCAUACAACAUAUGGGCUGCAGGCAAAAUGUAUCAUGGAGCCUUCAGGAUGCUCAGCUGUGUCAUGGAUACAAAACGAUUAGAACAUUCAUUAGUUCUUUCCCUUUCUAUAUUGCAUAAAUUGCAGUAUGUAUGUUUAUAUUCUAUUAAUGUUAGUAUUUCCUAACAGUGCUUUGAAUCCUUUCUUAAAUUAGAUUAAUCAGAUUGAGAGGGAUGUAUUACAUAACUGCCAUGAAGUAUUCUUGGCCCAGGUCAAGGUGUGAGGUAAGGGAUAUCAAAUAAGAUUGAAAGAUACCGUGCCCUCCACAGUUCUUGCCCCACUUGGUACAAAUGAGGAAAAAAUGUUGAUCUUACAAUAUGAAAGAAACAUAACUUGAAAAUAUUCAAGUCAAUAUUCCAGUCAAAAAAGAAAAUGACUCAAAAGCCUCCAGCAGAACUGUUAGAUGCCCAAGACUUGUUGUCUUCAGAUCUGAAUAAAUCCACAGGUGUUUCUGUCCAUCCUUCCACUGUGAGAAGUCAACUCAGCACUAUGGGUCUGAUAUGGAUGGAUGUUUAGCUACCAAGAAGCUGUUACUGCGUGAAUGAAAUAACAAAAAAUAAAAAAUUUGCACCAAAAAAUUUGCACCAAAACUGGACAUCUGAUAUGAGUAGAUUAAGGUUUUAUAGACUAAUGAGUCUAAAUUCAAGAGCUUUGGCAAUAACAUCAAACCAGCAGACCAAAGCAAUGAUAAACUCUUCGAAACAUCUGCAACUAUCAUUCAGACAUGGUGGGGGAUCAGCACAUGUUUGGGCAUGUAUAACAACUGGAGGUGCAGUCACACAAACAUGAAAAUCAUGUAAUUUCCAUAGAGUGUACACAGUUUCUAAUUUUCAUCACUGACAUAUCACAGUUCAUAUAAUCAUAUGAGAUAAUUUAUAAACAGUGGUAACUAUCUCCUCUGUAAUCGUGGCUCACAUACUGCUAUGCUAUGUCUUGUUUCAUGAGGAACUGUAAUCUUCCACUUUGCUGUUGUUUUUAUUUAUUAAAAUAACCUGAUUAUUCAUUAUCAUUGCUGAUUCAUCAAGCAGGGGUGGAUUUAGUGAUUCUAGAGCGCUAGACAAAAGAUAGAAAUGAGACCCCCUGGAUGUACAUUUUUAAAUGAUUUGAGGCUCUGGGCUCCUGAUUUGCACAACUGUCUAUACUGCGAAAAAAAAUCUUGACAUGUGAAAUCUUCUUAGGUCUAGUUGAUAGAUCUAAUAUUUCUCAUUUUGAGAUGGAUGCAAGAAUUAAAUGUGAAAUCGUUCUACUGUAUUGUAAGAUAACUUUGCUUGUUUUAAGAAAUAAUGCUUAACACAAGCAAAAUUAUCUGUCAGUACAGUGAGAUAACUGGUACAGAGUAACAUAGUAAAGAAUUGAUUAAUGAGAUUGCUUUUUUCCAGGAAGUAAUAAGUAAUGUAAUUUUGAGAGAAGUAAACAGGAACUUGUAGCAGAUUACUUUUUUGAGUAAUUACCCAGCACUGGAGCUAUCUAUAUAAUUUUAAAGCUAGCAUGAUGUACAGUCUGCUGAGGCAGUGCAGCACUCUGUUCUGACUGAAAAAGCUUUUAGAGCUUUAGAGUGUAGCAGCAAACUUUUGUUUUUCUUUUUGCUUUUUACCUGGUGUACUUGGAUGACUUUUAUUAGAUUUUUCCUCUCAACACCCAAACAAUCACACAGAAGGACCUCCUCUCCAUUAUGUAGAUCAUCACCUAAUUGCCUUGUUCUUACCAGCCUGUCUUUAUUUAUCAUGUAACAACAUGGAAUAGUCCAUUAUAACCCUUACUGGGGAGGGACUGUAUAGAACUUACUGAAAAUAAUGACUACAAUAGCAGCAAUUAAAAAACGGAUAUAUAAUGGAUAUAUGCUUCAGGUUAUUUAACAUCAGCCCAUACAGUAUAUCUAAUUUGUAGUUUCAUGGGAUCUUAGGCGGCUGCUUACCUUUGCCUAAUGCAAAGACCACCCCUGUCAAGAAAGUAGAUUCUUGAUGAGCACUCAUCCAUGCAAAAUCUAUCCUGAUCUCUCCUUUUUCUCAAAGAGGUUCAUGUCAGGGGACUGGAAUCAAAGGCCCAGUGUUAUGGAUCUGAAGUCUGAGUCCAUGGUGCCGUAUUUCUAACAGACCCUUUGGAGAAAAAUAGCCCAACAUCAUCAUCACAGAUCCACCACUAUACUUCACAGUGGAGACUUUUCUACAUGAACUUCACUGUUCUUAGUCCAAAGCCACCCCUGUUCGUUGCCCAAAGCUCCAUUUUGGUUCAUCUGACCAUUAAAUUCAUUAAAGUCCCAGUAAUGUGUUACAAACUCCAAGCACUUACAUUUGUGGUUUGACACGUUUAUAGCAAGUUUCCAAACAGUUUACUGGCUAAGAGGUGAUGUUUGAUCGUUGUUUUGAAGACUUGGUGACGCCAGGAUGCAAUCAUUGGGGCAAAAUACACAUCAUCUUUGAGACAGGUUCAUCUCAGCUUCAGUUGUUUUGAACUUCUUAAUUAUUGCCCUAAUUGUAAACAUGUCUUUUUUUAUUUAUGUAUUCUGUGAGGAACAUUUUAGCGACUGAGUGUUUGGCCUGCAUGUCACUUUACAUUUAUUUGUCUUUAUGCAUUUAGUUUUUCCAUUGAAUGAUAUUAGCUCACAAAAGGUUAUACUUUUCUCAUAUUUUCAAAGUUGAUAUUUUUUUUCAUUUUUACCAGUGGGUGUCAGUUGUUUCUGGUGGGCACUGUAGUUACUCAAUUAAUAAGACUAUGUCUCAGAAAGUAAACUAGUUCAGAGAGAGAUGAGUUAUGGGUUAAGCCUUACCUUUUUAAAACUACAUUUAUUUCUGGUCCCUUCUUGUCAUUUUCUUCAGUUUGUCUACCUUUAAAAUUAUCGAUAAAAGAGGCAGACAGUAAAAUGCCUGGCCUUUUUAAUUCAACAUUUUUAAUAUGAAGGAUCUUACACAACAAACAGUGGCAAGUACCAAAAUGAAAUGGCAAGAUUAGAGAACGCAAAGCCAUGAUGUGGAUGAUGUACAAAUGUACUCAGAUAUUGUUCAUUUUGCUAAUAUUGAUGAGGUACGAAUUAAAUACAGAAAUGACUACUGUAUACUGUUCAGGCUUCAGGUUUGAACUGUGAGGAAAUCUGGGACUGUUUCCCAAGAAAAAUGUCUGUUUGUACCAUCCUUCUUCUAACGUGCUGCUUCUAAAGCUUUAUCGGAGAUCUGUACAAGUGUGUGGUCUUAUUCUUACAGCUGUUGCCCUUUAAUUUUCCUGCCCAUUACCUUAAUAUAGACCAAGCAGAGUAUUGUGACCCAGUGUACAAAAAGACUCAAUCAUUUUAUAGUAAUGCUUUGUACAUAAUAGAUCUCCUUGUUAUGAUGCUGUCAUUUCAAGCAUGCUGGUAUCAUAAGACGGAAAGAGGACUUUACGACAAGCAAAGGAAGUAUGUAGCACCGUGGCCCAUAAUGUUCAAUCUUGGCAGAAGCUGUGCAACCCCAAAUGUGUUUUUCUUUGUUUUUGGUUUUACUACAUUAAGCAGGCAGGCUUCUUAUUGUAUAUGCGUGAUUAAAAAAAACAGUAUGACCAACUGUAGCAUAGAACGAGAUUAGUGGUUUUCUUUUUUCCCUUAGUUUGUUCAUUUUUCCCCCUAUUGUAUUUUACUACUGUGGAUUACUAUUCAUUUGUCUAAUAAGGUGCUCAGAACCAUUAGUAAUGUACCUGAAGUAAAUGCAUUAUUUAAAAAAAAAUCUGAAUAUGUUGGAUUACCCACUUUACUGUUAGAUGAAGUUGCUCUCUUAGUUUUGGGCGUAUAGGAGAUAGCAAAAACAGAGAUUAGGUUUGCAAUAAUUACACCCUUUUUAAGUGCUAUAGCACUUGGAGACUAAUUCCACAGUCAGUGCCCUGCUUUAAAGUGUGUUAAAGACUAUGCAAAAAAAAAGAACGUUUCUUGAUGGCAUUUAUUCUGUACGAGGAAAACUUGACACGUCCCUGGAUUAGCUUUGAUAUAAUAUGACAUAGAGGUUGAAAAAGUAUUCUUUUAUUUUUGGCAACUGCUGCUGGUUUUAAUAAAGAUGUAUAGUGUACUUACUAAAAUAAAGGUUUUAUAACGUAUGGUCUA